UGAAUUACUGCAGUCACGAAAGCUUUAAAUCAAAACGAACAACCUCGUCGUCCGCACUUGACAUCCCCCCAUGCACCGAGUUUCCCUCAGAAACCUCGCCUCCAUCUCUUUCCCGCCGAAAGAACAACAACAAAAAAAACCUCGACACGAUCGUCAACAGCACUGCGUUGACUUUAACAAACAAACAAACAGGCGACGUUUUGGGCAACGACCCUUCAUUCCUGCAUGUAGAACGUUCCCGCCAGCGCGACUGCCGUUUAGGCGGGAGAGAGUCUGGAGCGAGAGGGAGGAGGAGGAGGCGGAGGAGGCGACGGCGACUCCGGGCCGCGAGGUGGCGCUGCUGCCCGGGCAGGGAACGGAGGCCGCUGCUCGGCUGCGCUGCCGACCGCCGGGGCCUCCGCUGCUGCUGCUGCUGUUGUUGUUGCUGCUGCUGUUGUUGCUGCUGCUGCUGUGAAGGGAACCCGCGCUCCAUUGCCCUUACGCUUUCCACCGGCGAACAUGGACGCGGUAAUCGUCUCUGGGGCCGAGGAGGACGAGAAAGAGGGGCAGGAGGAGGGAGAGGAGACGGGGCCUCCAUCGCGGAGCUCGCCGGGGCUCCACGGAGACCGAGGCCGCUCAGCUGAUGAUGGUGCUGCUGAUGAUGGUGCUGCUGAUCCUGCUGAUGAUGGUGUUGAUGAUGGUGCUGCUGAUGGUGACCACCUCGGCUGCAGCGCGUCCAUACACAGACGGGGAGAUUCGGAAGGAGCCCAUCUGGAAGAAGGACGAUCACCGACAGAGUUGAACGGAGCUACUUCGGGUGCCGGGACAUGCACGGGAAUAGCGUCGCAGGAGGAAGUGGCGUGCGGCUCCGGAUCGUCACGUAGCAGCGGCGGCGAGAGAUGUCCAGCCUCUUCCCUCUCCGCCUUGCUCGGGCACAUCCUCACCAGCAGGGACGGGCCGGUGGUUGACACGCAAACCUCCAUCCCAGAGGAGCGGUGGGUGCAGCUGUUUGAGCUGAUGGAGCGACAGCACCAGGAGAAGAUGGAAGCCCAGCAGCACCAGUACAAGCAGCACCUGCAGAUGCUGCACACCCAGAUAGUCAACAGCAUACACGAGAGGAGCCCUGACAUCACCCCCAGUCACUCCUCUGUCCAGGAGUUGAACCUCACCACCUCGGAGUCGGAGGACGAGCGGAGCAAGGGCAGCACGCGGAGCGAGAAGUCACUUUCGCUACGAGAUCUGACGGAGGCCCCCGCUGGGUCCACCACCGACAAUCGGGAGCUCCACACUCACCUCCACGGGCAGGCCCUGACGGCGGAAGGCUCAGCACAUGGGGCGGCUUGUAGCAAUGCUCGCGAACACCUCGGUGCCGAGUCCAUACAGGGCGAGGGCUCUGACGAUACGGAAUUCAAUCGUAGUAGCGACGGGUCGGCAACGGUGUACAGCGGAAGCUUCGGUGAGGCUCGGCAUCUCGAGAACGUUCAAGAAUUUCCACGAAGCUUGGCUGCAUCACAGGGAAUCUGCGCGGAGGGUGAGAAUUUGUUCUCGGUCGGCAACAAAAAUGACAAACCGUUCGGCGGACUGGGGAGGAAAGAACAAACCGCGGAGUCUGCAGCGAAAUCCUCAGCAGAUGGAGCGAAGCAAAAUGCGGACGAGAGUCAGAAAGGUCUGCAGAUUGAACACUUACAGAGCUUCUCCGGUCACAUGGGGUCUCAGGAGGACAGGGGUGCCGUGGCCCCAGAUGUGUGUGUGACCGGAAAACUUUACCAGGCGAGCGGCCACCUGACAGGCACAGUGGCUCUGGGACAGACCUAUCGAGUGCUGAAACCUCCGGGUAGCAACGCUAUGGUUGAGUCUGCCGAUGACAGCAGAAAUGCUUCUCCGACAGCAGAAAGACCCCUGACGUCUUGGGUGGAGCGGCAGAAGCAGAGGCAGGUGUGGCAGAAGGAUGCGCCGGCAGGAGCAGAAUCGGCAGACGGCCCCACGGGCCACGCAGGGCCCCGGCCUGUAGGCCCCAUAAUGGCUUCCCGGCAUGACAAAGCCACCCAGUCGAUCGCGCUUGACCAACUGCGGCAUUCGGAGCCUGGUUCCGACGUUGCUCAUUUCACUCCUCGUGGCACUCGUCCCGUGGGUCCCAUCGCUUCCCCACAGCACCACGCUAAGCCCACCGCCUCCCUGAUCCCGUCACUGAGCCGCGCCGGGCCGGUCGGUUCUGCCGCAGCCCAGCGGCACGGCGAUCGGGCCCCGGCACCACACGGUGGCUUGAUGGAGCAUGCUGCUCGCUCGGUGGCCGAUGAGGCUUUCCAACAGCAACACGUCCACCUGGCGGGCCCUGGCACUUUCCCGCACGGCGCCGCACAGCCUCGGGGAGCAGUCGAGUCCCCACAGCAUGGCGCGCAAUCCAAAUGGGCCCUCGCUUCGGCUGAGCAGCAUGACGGUGGGGCCCACGCGGGCCACACCGUUCCCCCUCAUGUCGGCCAGCCUGUGCUUUCCAUUAUCCCUCCUCCUCUGCAGCAGCGCAGCGCAUUCCUGAGGCCGGCCACUUUGCCUGAACACAUGACAACGGCAGCACAGCCAGCCUGGCUUGCAUCGAUGGCCCUCUCCCCGGUGUACAGAACCCCCGACACGUCAAAGGCCGACAGCCCUGACUCGCUCUCACAGAGCGAGCCCGAGUCCCGGGCGUCCCAGGCGUCCGACUGCUCACUUUGGCACAAGAGUCACUCCUUUGGGGCAGAGACGAUGAGAAACGGAUCCCCGCUCCACGGACGUCUGUCACAGAUUCAGCCACCCGGCGUCUCCCUGCGUGAACUCUACAGGGAGCGGAGGAGCAACUCACUAGACAGUCGGCACCCGGAGCCUUUUGGACAAUUUGGCCCCGAGGCUGGACUUGGAUUCUGGCUGGACGAGUCGCCUCUGUCCCCCGUGCACCACGUGCAGAACAUAACUGUCUCCAGUGAUGCUGUCCCUGCCUCUCAGAAACAGACUGCUACCUCUGCUCCCCAUGGCAAGGCCGCCCAGGCGAGCACAAAUUACCAGGGCCAGGCUGAUGUGAGAAAACGGAGCCAGGCGCCUGCUUCACCCAAAGUGGCCUGCGCGGCUCGCAAAACGCAUUCCUGCGCUCGCAAUGGGCCUGCAAAGGCCGCGCCGAGCUGCUCGGGGUCUCCAAGGCGCGGUGAGAAUCUACCGCACUCGCUGCCGAGCGGGGGCUCCCCCAUCAAGAGCGGGCGGCGCGCCGCUGCGAGCCAGAAGCGCGACAAGCGUGCCGAUGGCAACACGGGGGAUGACACGUCGAGCUACGCCUGCUCGGAGAGCGACUGGAGCAUGGAGACCUCGCCGAGCCCGCAGGACCCCGUGCAGCUCUCACGGCUUCGCGUGCAGCUGCGGGAGAAGCACGCGCGGCACCUGGCGGACCUGCGCUCGUACUACGAGGGUGAGAUCGCGUCGCUCACAGAAAAGCUGAGCAAGUCCAGCCCGCGCUCGCCACGCAGGGAGGCGCAGCGCGCCAGCCAGCGGUGCGAUGAGCUGGAGAGAGCUCUCAAAGUGACGCAUCAGCGAAUCCGGGACCUAGAACUGAGAAACCGGGAGCUUGAGGCUCAGCUGACGGAGUGGCGCGAGCGCUACGAGACGGCGGCGGUGGCGGCGCGCGCCAUGCAGCAGCGGCUGGAGGAGGCGCGCGCGCACGUCCGCCAGAGGGAGGGGGCAACGCUGAAACUGCAGGCGCGGCUGCGCGACGUCGAGCACGCCUUCGAGACGGCCUACAAACUGUCGGACGACAAGGAGGCGCGCAUCCAGCGCGAGCACAAGAUGCUGCAGGACCUGCUGGCAGAGUACGAGUCACUGGCAAAGGAGAAUGAGCGAGUGAAGGAGGCACUUAGAAACACAGAGGACAAGCUCUUUGAUGCCAACAAUGAGAUAUCGGAGCUGAAAAGGAUGAAGUCUCGCCUGGAGGCCCAGAUAAAACAGAUUGAGCAUGAGCACGUGACCACCAAGGCGCGCUCCAGCGACGGCAUCUCCUCGCUGCUGCACAUCAACUACAGCAGCAGCAGCCCGGCCGUGGUGGAGAGCGGCGUGUCUCCUCCGGCCGGCGACUCCCCCAGCAGCCGGCGCCGCUGGCUCACGUCUCGUCGUGACUUCUCUCUCUUCACUGGGGAACCGGGCCCUGGGCCGCCGCUGGGCAGCGAUCACCCAGGAUUCUCUCUGUCUGAGAGAAUGCACUCCCCGCCGGAGAAGGAUGACACCCGGCUCCAGACGUCUCCAGACAGCCCUGCGGGUGCGGCAGCCGCGGUGGCAGUUCAGGCCUCGAUCCCGCCGUUCCUACGCCCGUUCCCUGGCAACAGAGACAAGGGCAACGGCACCGAUGACGGGGAAGACGCAGGGUCCCGGGAGGGGCCCCCCCAGCAUCCGCACCCCACCCAGCAUUCGCACAUCCAGGGCAUUGGAGACGGAAUCGGGCUAGUGGGGGUGGCGGGGAGCCCGGCCAAGCGGGACCCGCCCAGGGGGGGCGGUAAGGAGGGGAGAGGCCGUCCGCUCGGCUCGCCCCCGAACCGGCGCUCCUCUUCGGUGCCGCCUAGCGGGCGUCAGCACCAUCCGACGCCGACCAAGCAGGCCUUGUCCAACUUCCCGUCACCCAAAAGGGGCAGCCCCAUGAGGGACCUCUCGCUGGGAUUCAGCCGCCUGCUCGGCAAGGAGGAGGGGACGCCCACCAGGUUUGACAUUCAACUCAACUCUGUAGAUCAGCCCUGUCCACCGACUCCUACGGCCAGUCCCCGUAAGCGGCUGCAGUUCAUCCCACUGCAAAACAUUUCUGCUGCCACGAGCCCGGUGUGGAGCGACGGUGAGGGUGUGCGUCUGUCCCCGCGCGUCGAGUCGGCGCUCAGCGCCGUGCGAGCCGGGACCGUGACAGCGCGUGCCGCCUGGGAGAGCGACGGUGCCGCCGCGCUGCUGGCGCAGGGUGGAGGGACCUCCUCCCACAAGCCGCCCACUUCCUCCUCCUCGCGGACCAACUCCCAUUCCACCGGAAUGGCUGGGGGAAUCCUGCCUUCCCGACAAUCGAAAGCGGUUCAGACGAAGGCGGGGACCCCUGGGUCUGGGCCAAGUCCGUCCAAGCCGAGCGGCGACCAGGCCCAAGGACAGGGCCACCAGGGGAGGGAUCUCCCCACUGGGCCGAGCAAACAGGGGGCGGCUGCCAUGAGCGGGGGCCCAGCGAGGCCUUACCCCACGGCAGGGGUGAAGCCGGUGGUUCUGUCGGCGCCGUACGAGACGGAGUUUUCGGUGCAGGAGCGCAUGCGCACUCUGGGGCGGUUGGAGAAACAGCUGGACGAGCUGACUCUGGAGAAGCAGCAGAUCGAGUCGGCGUUAAGCCGAAUCCCUUCUUCUGGAGGCCGCGUCACUCGCCAGAUCCGCAUGGACAAGGACGAGCUCGAGGAGCGGCUGGAGAAGGUGAACCGCGAGCUGGGCUCGGUGCGCAUGACGCUGAAGCGCUUCCACGUGCUGCGCUCCUCCAACAGCACGUGACGGAACCGCCACUUCUCUCCACGUCCCAUCUCCUGCACCGCGUGCACCCGCUAGCGCCACGUGGUAAAAACUCAAUUUGUGAGACGCAGAUGCUAGCCGUGCCACCGCCAUCGCUGCAGCAACGGUUCGGUUCAGUCUCUACCAGUGCGGCACACGCUCAGUGGUAUAGCUAUCGAGUGUUGCAGGUGGUGCAACUACACUGGAGCCCAUGGGCAACAUGAGCAACAUGAGCCCAGGUGCUGGGAUAUGGAGAGGGUAAAUGUAAUUCCUUGCACCAGGCCACCAAUGACAACUAUGCUACCCCACUGCUCGCGCUGGCACUUAUCUCACUGAACAAGCCUUCGAAAGUGUAGAAUGUCUAGCUAUUGAAUAGCACUGGUGUACAGGGUUUUAUAUUUUGCAGCCAACUCAUGUAAUAAGCCUCUUUUGUACCAUUUGCUGUGUUGCAGUUUGCGAGUUUUCAGUCGUAUUUAUAUUUGCAGAGGCAGUCUGUGGUGUGAUUAUAUGGAGUGGAGUGAUUAUCAACCUCUAACAAUUAAAAUCAAACGUUGUUAAGACCUCAAUGACGAUGCAGCUAGUUUGGAUUUUUAUACGAAGCUAAUUUAUGUUAAUAUUUAUUUACUUUUUACAUUGUAUGGCGUUGCUUAACAUUCCAUUUACAAUGCUAAUAAGAAAUGGCUAUGAGCAGGCAUUCAGAUGUGUACAGGGUAGCACAGUCAAGUGUCCAGUAAUAUUUCAGUAAUGACGAUGCCGUGUGUAAGUUAUCUUUGGUGUGCUUUAGUCUUGUAAGCCACUGUAUUGUAAAGUUGUAAUACAUAAAGUGUUAAUGGAAUACGACCCAGCGAGUACCAGAUAUCUGCCUUGCCUUAUAGACCAUUGCUAAUUAUGCACUAGUAUGCACUCAUUUCCAAAUUAAUUUGUAAUGUUACAAUGCACACACGACAGUGUAGGAUAUGAAUCGCGGUGAUUUGUUCACAGAACUUCAGCAUGGCUAUUGUUGCGCCGUCCAGCGCUUGUAUGCUUUGGAUUUCUCUGCAUUCUACGGAAGGCUGCUAUGCCGGCCGCUGACUGUUCUGGUCGGCAAAACCUGUGUGCAGUUGUCUUGGUUAGAUGCGCGUGCUGUGGAUUAAAUGCACUGAACAUUUUUUGCAAUAAAUGGUUUGUACUCCA